AUGAAAGAUGUCGACAGUGAGUCACUCAAAUGUCUUGUCUUCGUUUCUGGACUCACAGAUUCUUCGCAUUCGGAAAUGCGCCUUCGUUUGCUGAACAAGAUGAAUCGCCUCAAAGAAUCCGACCCCCUACCCGUCCUCGACGACUUCAUCAGUGAAUGCGAAACGUUCGUCACUCUGCGGUCAGACAACCGAACAAUGGAAACCAAAGAGAUCAAUGCGGUUAUUGGACGAAAGCCAAUGAAAAAGGAAGCUAGUAGAGAUAAGUCGAAUCGAAGAAGCUUGUCAAGAAGAAAGACAAGAGCUACAUCUUCGAAGCGAAAGUUUCGAUGCAAGAAUGUCGCCGUUGCUGCACAAGAUGCACGAACGUAUAUGAAAGUGCAUAUAAAUGGACACCCCGCUCGUCUACAGCUCGAUACUGGUGCAGAUAUCACAAUGAUAUCU